GUUGGUUUUGUUAUUGGCAGUUUCUCUCCAGUUGUUCAUGCUCUUCAAUACAGGUGUUGCAAGAAAAAUUCCCGAUGGAAGCUCACUUAAAAUCUUAGAAGGUGAUGCUGCUGCUGGUGCAAUAGUUCCAUUGGAGAAACCUCCAUGGCCACCAGUUAGGACAGGGUCAGGCCCCCACAUUAAUCCACUUCCUCCGCAGCCACCGCCUCCUGCUGCAAUAGUUUCAUUGCAUAAACCUCCAAGGCCACCGGUCAGGAAUGGGUCAGGCCCUCAUAUUUAUCCACUGCCGCUGCCACCGCCUCCGCCGCCGCCGGUGUUGAUAUAACUUAAUCUAUACUAAUUUCCUCAAGUCAAAGGAUGAACAAUGUUCUCUUAAUAUUUAAUUUGGAAUUACUCUUGCUUCAUAUGAAAUGUUGUUCAUUUUUGUUGCAGAACAAUUUAUGGACAACAUUUGCAUAAUUUG